AUGCCAAUUGGAACAUCCCCAUAUAGACUAGUCUUUGGAAAAGCUUGUCAUUUGCCAGUUGAAUUAGAACACAAAGCUUGUUGGGCAUUGAAAGUGCUAAACUUUGAUUUGACCUCUGCGGGUAAAAAUAGAUUUUUUCAGGUUAAUGAAUUAGAAGAGCUGAGGUUGGAAGCCUAUGAAAAUGCCAGAAUUUUCAAAGAAAAAACAAAAAUAUGGCAUGACAAGUUGAUCCGACAAAAGAGUUUCAAAAUUGGAGAUAAGGUACUUCUUUACAAUAGCCGACUUAGGCUAUUUCCUGGAAAAUUAAAAUCCAGACGGACAGGUCCUUAUAAUAUUACAAAUGUUACUUCAUAUGGUGCUAUUGAGAUUCAGCAGAUUAGUGGUGGAGACAAAUUUAAAGUUAUUGUACAACCAGAAUAUCUUAUGAAGGCCUCUACAAAAAUACAGUCACCUAUACAGGAGUAA